AUGUUUUGGUUUUCACUCCUAGGGCGUGCCAGAUUUGCUGCCGAGCUUAACUGCUUUUUAGCUCACAAACGAACAAAUCAACUCGGUUCAGGAGUUACGAGGAUUAGAAAUGAACAUCUUGAUCAUGCUUGUGGUGUGAUCAAUGACCGAGUGAAAGGUUCACUAAAGGUGACUCGAGCUUUUGGGGCCAGUUUUCUCAAACAGUUCCUCUGUUUUACUCAUCGGCCAACCGAUAUGUUCUUUCCGUCAGAUGAGAAGAGAGGUGAAAAUGGAGACUCGAAGGUCGGAAAAAGUGAUGGGCUGCGUUUUAUAUUUUUCGAUGGCUCCGAUUACCCCUUCUUUCUAAUUUACUUUAUUGUUUUAAUUAAUUAG